CCGUCUCGCCCCUCCAGCCAGGCCUCCCCUUGCUCUUCUGGGCUGUUCUGGAGACAGCACUAGAGGGAAAAAAAAGCAGAAGCCGGGCUCACAGGAUGGAGGGGGCCAGGGGAGAGGGAAGGCAAAGCCGUCAGAGCAGUGAAAAUGGGGAAAAGCCGCUUCUCUCUUUUUCUCUAAGGAAGCGGCCUCUUCUGGUGACUGACCACACGCCCACCCCAAGUACCAUGGAGUCUUUCAGCUCGAAGAGUCUGGCUCUACAAGCGGAGAAGAAGCUAUUGAGUAAGAUGGCUGGACGGUCAGUGGCUCAUCUCUUUAUCGACGAGACCAGCAGCGAGGUCCUAGACGAGCUUUACCGGGUGUCCAAAGAGUUCACGCACAGCCGGCCCAAGGCACAACGGGUGAUGAAGGACCUAAUCAAGGUGGCUGUCAAGGUGGCCGUGCUGCACCGCAGUGGCUGCUUUGCUCCCGGGGAGCUGGCUCUGGCUACACGGUUUCGCCAGAAGCUACGGCAGGGCGCCAUGACGGCGCUCAGCUUCGGGGAGGUGGACUUCACCUUCGAGGCUGCCGUCCUAGCGCGUCUGCUCAUCGAGUGUCGGGACAUUCUGCUGCAGCUGGUGGAGCAUCACCUCACGCCCAAGUCACAUGACCGCAUCAGACACGUGUUCGAUCACUAUGCUGACCCUGACCUGCUCGCUGCCCUCUACGGGCCUGACUUCACUCCGCACCUGGGCAAGAUCUGUGCCGGGCUCCGGAAGCUGCUGGACGAGGGCAAACUGUGA